AUGAAAAAGACGAAUAAAACAGGAAAUUUAUCUUUAAAAAAUAAUAAUGAUAACUCUUUAAAUAAAUGCCCCAAUUAUUUUAAUAUAAAUAAAAUUAAAGAAUUAUAUAAUUUCCAAAAUGAUGACUAUGAAAAAAUUUUUAAUAUCUCCGGAAAAAACACACUUGGGACAAGAAAAAGAGAUAAACUCGGUGAAAGAAAUGAUAUAUUAUUAUCAAAAAGUGGAAAUAAUAUGAUAAUGCAAAAUAAAAAAUUAAAUGAUGCUACAAAAUCUGCUAGAAUUACAAAAGGGAAUCGAGCAAACUCAUCUGAAAACAUUACAAAUGAAUUUCCUCACUCUAAUGAAUUACACACAUCUAUGUCACAACAGGUAUUUACUAAUUUCAACUCCUCAAAAAUUAAAAAAAUCCAAAGUAGCAAAGAAAAUAAUUCACAAACAGUUCAUAAAAAUAAAAAAAUUAAACUAAACAAUGUUUAUGAUGAAUCAUACUUUUUUAAUAAUUUUUUGGACAAAACACCAACGAAAAACAUGACCAAUAAUAAUAUAGAUACACAUGAUCAAGCUUAUAUAAAAAGAAGUAGUAAAAAAAAUAUACAAAGAAAUAAAAGCAAUGACUCAGCUACUAAUCCUAACAAUCUAUUAAACAAAUAUGAUUUCAUUCGAUAUAUAUGUUCUCCUACUAAAAUUGCAUGCAAUGAUAAUAAUGAAAAAAAUAAAUAUAAUAUAUCGAAUAAACAAAAAGAUAUAACUGAUUUACAAAAAAUACAAUAUUAUAAUAAAAAACGCAAAAUAACACACACUGAAAUUAUCACUAAUUCUGAUUCUAAUGCUCAAAUUAUUAAUCAUAAUAAUAAAAACCAAAACACACUUUAUUAUUAUAUUCAAACUGAAAAUAAUAUACCAAAUAAAUUACCAGAUCCAACAAAGGGCUAUAUUAAAUAUAAAAAUCAUAUGCCUAUAAAUUUCCCUAUUGAUAUCCAGAAAAAUUCAGCUGACGAAAUUAACACAGAUGUAGAAUCAAAAACACCUUCAAAAAAAUAUAGCAAUACAUAUCAAGAUGAUUUUCAGGAUAGUAAUAAGAGAACACCAAUAGAUCUAAACAGUACAGAAUCCAUAAAUAGGCUAAAAAAAAAUUUUUUUAUAAACAGUAAAAAAAUUUUUAUAAAUGAUUUCAAAAAAGACGAUACAAAGGAUAAAGCAAAAAAUUUCGAUAUGAACAAAAAUGAAUCCGAAAAAAAAAAUAUAUAUUAUAAUUUAGGUAAUUAUGAGAAUGAUAAAAAUGUCAAACAAUCCCAACCUAUUCAUGAUUUCAAUAAUUUAGAAGGAAUUGAUUAUAAUAGUGAAAAUUUCAAAUAUGCUGGAAAAGACGAUAAUUCAACUUUUUAUAAUAAUAUAAUUAAUUCAGACAACAAUGAGCAAGAUUGUGAUGACAAUAAUCAUGAUGAGCAAUAUUAUUUUUGUUAUUUUAACAAAUUUAAAGAAAAUAAGAAAAAAGGUUAUAAUAUUUCAAAAUCUUUAUAUAGUUAUUUAGAUCUCCCCUAUAAUUGUUCUAAAUAUGAAAUCAAAAAAGCUUAUAAAGACAAAAUAAAAAUUCAUCAUCCUGACAAAGGAGGAGAUAUUAAACAAUUCUUAGAAAUAAAAUUGUCUUAUGAUAUUUUAAUUGAUGAAAAAAAAAGAAAAAUGUAUGAUAAAUAUGGAAACACUAUACUUGAAUUAUUAAUGAGUGAAAACUUUAACGACUAUAAUAUAUCAUCAGAUGAAAAAAAUUACGAGACAGAAAAAGAAGAUGAAGAAAAUGAAGAAAAUGAAGAAAAAGGAGAAGAUAUUGAUGACGAAUCUUUAAGAAUAUACGAUUUAUUUGUACAAAAAUAUAACAAUGUUUCAUAUCUUCAUAAUCGAGGAAGUCUAAAAAUUAACAGAAAUCAAUAUAAUCAAUUUCAAAAAUUAGUUUAUCAUUUUUUUAAUAAUCAGCAAAACUGUAUAUUUAAAAAUAUAUUUUAUAUAUAUCCUAUUUAUUCUAAAAAUAUUCCCCCUUUUGGUAAAAGCGACGCUUAUAAUAGUAACAAUAAAAAUAAAAAUAAAUAUACUAACAUAAAUGAUAGUAAAAAUUCUACAAAUAGUUUCAAUGAAAUUAAUUCUGAAUAUGAUAAUGAUUAUGCAAGUAUAAACAAAUCUGGUGAAUACAUCGAAUAUAAUGAUAAAGAUGAUUAUACCCAAUCAAACGAUAGCUUAUUCGAAAACUCAUCGUAUUUAGAUAUAGGAAAAGAAAUUACAAUUAAUGAUAUAAUAAAGAAAAAAAAACGUAUUAACAUAUUUGAAGAAUUAAAUUUGCAUUUUAAUAAAUUUUACAAUGAUUCUAUAAUUCAAAAAAUAAAUAAUUCUGAAAAAUUUAUAAAUACCUCUCAAAAUUUACAUCAUAAAAUACCACACCCUCAUACAAAUAAACCUCUUGAAACACAAAAUAACGAUACUACUACUUUUGUGAAAGACAAUAUUUCAAAAGCUGUAAACUAUACACAAUUUCCACAUAAUGACAAUACGUACAAUCCUAACGAUUGUUAUGAAAAUAAAUACAACUUUUUUAAAGAUAUACAAGUAUCUCCAAUUAAGUACAAAAUUAUUAACGAAAGCACUGAUAAGGAUGUUGAUUUUUUUUAUAAAUGGUUUGAUUUUUUUUUUAAAAAUGAUAUAGAUAAGCCACCCCCAAAUGAUCAGAACAUUCAGGAAAUUCAAAAAGAAAACGAAUUAUCAAAAAUGAAAGAAACCAAAAAACAAGAAAAAGAACAAUAUAAUCUAUAUUAUGAAGAAGGCAAAAAUAUCCCACUUUCGAACAAAUGUCUAGUACAAAAUUUAAAUUAUAAAAAUAAAGAAAAUCAAAAUGAUAAUACAUUCCCACAAAGAAAUAUAUACACAGAUCAAACCUCAUUAUCCUCGAAAAAUAAGGCAAAUAAAACAAAUAAAACAAACGAUUUUAACACACAAAAAGAAGCUAUAGCAUUUCAAAAUAAUAAUAUAUACAAUAUGAACAACGCUCAUAUAAAUAAACCUACAGAAUAUACCCCUUUUAAAAGUAAUCCUAAUAUGUUCCAAUUUUUUAGUCAAAAUAUUCAAUUUUCUCCAGACACUUACAAAUAUGAAUAUCCUUAUAGUCAUUCAUAUAGCAUUAAUAAAUGUGAUAGUAGCAAGCAUUCAACUUCGAAUAAAGAAAAUAUAAAUCCAUAUUCUUACAAUAACAAUUUCCCAGUAAAUUCAUGCUACCAAUAUAUGUCUGAUUGCAAAAAUGAAAUUUUACAAAAAUCAUUUUUUUAUAGUAAUCCUUGUUACAAUAAUAUGCACUCAAAUGUAUCAUCGCCUAAUUUAUAUACUCCAAUAAAAAUCUAUGAUAAAAAAAACACACAAAAUUCUGAUAAUAUCCCCAUUGCAUAUAGUUGUGAAAAAACAAAAGAUGAUAUAUUGAUAAACAUUGAAGAAAAAUAUGGUUUCAAUUUACUCAAAAAAAAUGAACAAAAGAUUAAAGACAUAACAUAUGAUUUUAAUUAUAUUUAUAUAGGACAUAAUGUUAAAAAAAAAAAAAAAUUUCUUCUAUUUAUAAAAGAAGAAAGCAUAAAAAAUUUUCUAAAAAUAAAAUUAUUGAUUCAUAAAAUAAAAAACAAGUCAAAUUUAAAGCACAUAUCGUUAUUUCAAAAGGAAAUUGAUAAAAUUAUUAAAAAUAUAGAAUAUAUAUUAUUAUUCGUAACAUGUAAAGACGAACUAAUACCUUUAACCGAUUUCUAUUUGUUGGAUAAAAAUGGAUAUUCAAAGGAACAUUAUUGUAUACCUUUACACAUAAAAAAAAAUAGCAUAAUAUUAAGGCCAACUUAUUUUCAUUUAAAAUGGGUUAUAUAUACUCUACAAUCAUUUAUCCUUUUUAAUUUGUUUUUUCAAAAAAUUAAUAAAUAUAUGUGCUCCUUCCCAUUUUUUAAUUAUAAAUAUAACUAUUUUAAAAAUUUUAUCAUAUCUGAGCAACAAACAGAGAAAGAUGGUAUUUCAAACACAUAUAUUUUCUUUCAUAAUUAUAUUAUCAAAAAUAAACAUAAAUAUAUCAAAUAUUUCCCACACAAACUAAAUUUAUAUCUUAAAAAAUUGGAACCCAUAACUCCACCAAAUGGAAAAUAUAUACAAAUUAAUUUAUCUCCCCUUUUUGUGUUGACACCUUAUAAAAAUUUUGAUCUAACCGAGUAUUGA